ACCCCAGUCAUGGAGAUAGUGCAGCCCAAGGACCUGGAACGACACUGUGCCUUGGCCAGGAGGAGACACGCGGAGCUGUGCAGGCAGAAACGGAUCUUCAACGCCAGGAACAGGAUCAUCGGGGGAGAUGCAAACGCCUGGGAUAUUCAGGUUCGUGACCAGAAGAUAAAAGAAGCAACUGAAAGAGCCAGACAUGAGACAUUCGCUGCUGAAAUGAGGCACAAUGACAAAAUCACAUGCUUAUUAGAAAACCGGAAAAGAAGAGAUAGGCAAAAUCUCUGCAAAGCUGUCAACGACUUCCAGCAGAACUUUCAGAAGCCAGAAACUCGUCGAGAAUUUGACGUCUCCGACCCCCUAGCCCUUAAGAAAGACCUUCCAGCCCGGCAGUCAGAUAGUGAUGUUCGGAACACGGUAUCGGGAUUGCAGAGGUUCAUGGGAGAGGAUUUAAACGUCCACGAGAGGAAGAAAUUCCAACAGGAACAAAACAGAGAAUGGUCCUUGCAACAGCAAAGGGAAUGGAAGGCUGCUCAGGCCGACCAGAAGUGUGCAGAGGACCUUCACACGCAGACCAGGCUGCAGUGGGACGAGGCCGCCAAGCACAUCCAAGGCCUGGAAAGCACCACCAGGAGGGCGGCCUGCGCAGCUGUGAAAGAAUUCAACAAGGGCCAGGCCAUGGAGUCGGCAGAAAGGAAAAGUCUAGAGAAAAAACAAGAACACGAGGACAACGUGGCCGAGAUCGCCAACCUGCUGCGCGGGGAUCUGCUCUCCGAGAACCCGCAGCAGGCAGCCAGCGCCUUUGGGCCCCACCGCGUGGUCCCCGACCGCUGGAAGGGCAUGACCCAGGAGCAGCUGGAGCAGAUCCGCGGGGUCCAGAAGCUGCAAGUGCAGGAGAAGCUGAGGCUCCAGGAAGAAGAGCGCCAGCGAGACCAGGACUGGGACCGGCAGAGGAUCCAGGGCGCCCGCGGGGCUCUGCUGUUUGAGCGCCUGUGGCAGCGCCAGCAACGCGACCUGCGCAGAGCCCUGGACGGCAGCAACCUCGGCCUGGCUGCGGAGCGGCUUCUGCAGAAAAAACAUAUGAAGGAAGUCUAUACAAACCAACCCACUGAAGAUUAUUUCACACAAUUUAACACAGGAAGUCGAUAA